GACGGAACCAAAAUGGGCAUCACUCCAACAUGAAAAGUCAGACGCGUCGAAAAGCUCGUGAAAGCUAGCGUAAAGCAAGCUUUUGUUCAUUUGUAGGCAGCCUGUCAGUGGUCUCUAGCUUCCAUUCACCUUUGGAGGCCUAUGUCCACGUCCAUCCAAUCUAGCCAAUCUUAUAUGACAACAUCGUCGCUGCUGCUCGAUGCCCUCGCUCCCCGUCCACCUGAUCAAAACUCCCCAACUGUCCUUGUCGACAAGGAUAUCAAUUCGACGAUGGAAAUCGAUGCAGAGUUCGAGAUGCUAGAGCAAGAAGACAGGAUGACAAAGAGUUCGAGGACGGGCUUUGAGGUUUCUAAAAGGUUCUCAGGAGCAGGGACCAUGAGCUUGAAUCAGUUUGGCCAGACUCACGAGGAUCAAGACGAAGGAGAGAGACCAACGGGGACGAAUAUGGCAAUCAGCGUUGAUUCUCCGCCUCCGGGAGAUGCGUUUGACGAAGAGCCGGAAGGAUGGGAGGAGGAAGCCUCUAUGGAAGAGAUGGAGCGGGCGAAACGGUCUUUAGCGAUGCAAAAGCCUGUCUCAUCCGUGAAUACUGGAGUCAACCCAAAAUCUUCAUCCUCCAGCUCUCGAAGCAUGUCCAGCGGGAAGCAUCACUCUGUCGGUCGGCCCGCCAUGUCUGUAGCUUCAACUUCUACAAGUGAAUUCCAACCUCUCGAUGACGGUAUUUUUGGACCGAGCUUACAGGGCCUUCGUGCCGAGACGGCGAGUGGAAGCGUUAUCUCCUUCAAGCGACGUUCGAAACCAGCCGUUAAAUCCGUGGCAGGAGAGUCGGGACACAGCUCAGAUAUCAGUCAUCUUCUCGGUCAGCCAUUACAUCACCUUUUGGCUGAAGUCCAAGAGCUCAAAUCGCGAGAGAGGGCAUUAAAGAUGCAAAAGCAAUACGAUGAUGAAGCUCGAUUGAACGUCGCUACUCCGGUGGCCGGGUCCUCAUGCACCAGCAUGUGGGUUGACAAGUAUCGUCCCAAGCGCUUCUCUGAUCUCCUGGGCGACGAUCGCAUCCAUCGAGAGGUCUUAAGCUGGCUCAAGGAAUGGGAUAGAUGCGUCUUCAGAAGAGCUAAUACGGUCAGGAAGAGACGUAUGGACGAGGAGAAUGCUUAUAAUGACCCUCUGGAUCGGCCAAAAGACAGGGUGCUGCUCCUUUCUGGACCACCUGGACUCGGCAAAACUACCCUUGCGCAUAUUAUAGCUCGGCAGGCAGGGUAUAAAACGCUCGAGAUUAAUGCUUCGGACGAUCGAUCUGCUUCGACGGUCAAUACGAGAAUCAAGAAUGCCAUUGAAGCGGGUACAGGCCUGGCCAGCGAAGGCCGGCCUACAUGUGUGAUUAUAGAUGAGAUUGAUGGAGCGGGUGGUGGAGGAGAUCAUAGCUUCGUCAAGGGGUUGAUCAAGUUGAUCCAAGACGUCCCUGCGCGCCGUAAGACCAAUACUCCCGCCAAACCUCUUCGACGACCUAUCAUCUGUAUAUGCAAUGAUCUCUAUGCGAACACCCUUCGACCGCUGCGGCCCUUUGCACGAGUCGUGCGAUUCCGGCAGGCUCAGUCUCAGCUCCUGGUCAAGAGGCUCAGGGACGUUUGCGCUCAAGAAAAGCUAGAGGCGGAUCUCAGGGUCUUAACCAUGUUGGUGGAGAUGACCACGGGGGAUGUCAGAAGCUGUCUCAACACGCUGCAGUUUAUAAAGUCCAAAUCUUCUGUAGUGACUCCAGAAGCCAUCAAGACGUCCUCUGUUGGUCUCAAAGACUCUGGGACGACUCUACAGACCGUCUGGAACAACCUUUUCAUCCCCAUCGCCGCCAAGACUCGGCGUAAGCAGAUCGGUAUCGACGAUGGCAAAUACGUCAAUCGACUCGUGGACGAUAUAUUCUCAUGCGGAGACUAUGACAAGCUCGUUCAGGGUCUGUUUGAACACUAUCCCAAGCUCAAACCGCUGGAUGCCAGUCUGGCCAACCUUGGUAAACUGCAUUCUUGGAUAGGAUAUUAUGAUGCGCUAUCUGGACGAGUCAAUGAGCGUAUGGAAUUCGAAUUGGCUGGGUAUAUUCCUUAUUCACUCGUGCCUUGGUACUCUCACAUGGCCGCUCCUGCGAACAAUACGAAAGCGACGGAAUGGCCGAAAGCAGAUUACGAGUCCUAUCAGACUCGGGUGGUCAAUGAAGAGAUUGUCACGAGUCUCAAAAAGACAAUGCCUGGCAUUCUUCGAUCGUUGUUCCCCACCACGACAUUGUUGACCGAGCUCAUCCCUCUCUUGAUGCGGAUCAUCACGCCUCCACUUCGUCCAGUCAACGCUAUCAUUGUCAAGGCAGACGAGAAAGCGACUUUGAAUCGAUUGGUCGAGCUCAUGAUACCGCUGGGUCUGUCUUUCUGGCAGGAGAAGGGGGAGAAUGGGCAACCGAUGAUGCGUCUCGAGCCACCUAUCGACGUGUUCAUACACUAUGAGGGCAAGAGGGCGGAUGACAUCGCUGCGUCACGAUUCGCGGUUCGUCAACUGAUUGCGCAGGCGGUGAGAUUGAGAUGUCUAAUUGAGCCUAUCCAUGGCCCCAGCGCUGAUAAGGGAUAUUUUUCUUUUUGGCCUGAUGACAGAUGGAGACUGAAUUAGCUCGGCGCCGCGGGGCAGUCACAGAGGAGACGUCAGCGGCUGCGACAUUGAAGGGGAUGUAUGGGGUCGUCAAGUGAGGUUUUAGGUUGUCCUUGUCUCCUCCCUGAUAAGCUGAUAAGCUGUCUCAAGGAAAGCUGGCGUCACUGGACCAGAGGGCAAACCGGAGGCGGUAGGUCAUUCAUCUUUUCCUUAUCGAUUGUCCCCGUCGUAGGCUGAUUUAUGAUGCCUUGACACAAUGACAGAUAGCUACAGAUUUCUUUGGUCG